AUGGCGCCGGUGUGUGUGGCCUGCCGUCUGUUGCUGCCGGUGUUGUGUGUGCUGUUUGCUGUUUCGCUUCUUGCUCUAGAUGUCGACUCUCUGCUGGUGUAUGAUCGCCAAACACUGCUGGAUCUUCUACUUUCUGAAGAAUUGGAUGGUGGUGGACGUGGAACUUUGCCCCCGCUUCUGGCGAGGGCCCCGACUCGCCUUUGCCGCGCCCUGGCUCCACCUCCUCGGCGUAAGCGCCCCCGUCGCCGGGGAAAAUGCAGCGGCCGGCUGGUGAGGCUGAAGGCCCAUCUCGCGCGCUUUUCUGCGUCUUCUUCGACGUCUUCUUGGACUGGGAUUGGAGCCGUGCCUAGCCUCGUUGUUCCUCGACGCUCGCUGGACCCUGUCGACGCCUGCCUGAUGCCUGUCGUCGGCCCGGAAGAAGUGUUCCAGCCCCGCGGCCCCUGCUCUCCUCGUCCCCGCUGGCGCGGGGUGAAUCACAGCAACUUGCGGCCCUUGUGUCGGGCUCCCCGGGCUCCCCGGACAGCUAAUGCCGCGGACCCGCCGGUUCCUGUCAGGAUUGGCCUGGUAAAUGCUAGAUCGCUAGCGAACAAGACUUUUGUCUUAAAGGAUUUCUUCACGUCCCGAGGAUUGGAUUUCCUCUGCGUGACUGAGACAUGGCUGAGUGUUGACACUGUGGCUCCAUUAAAAUCCAGCCAGCCUAAAACUAAAUUUGAGCCCUGGCUGAAUGACACGACCCAUGCUGUCAGACGUGAGUGCCAUAGAGCUGAGCGCAAGUGGAAGAAGGACAAACUGCAGGUGUCUUUUCAAAUGUUAAGGGAGUGUUGGCGUCAUUAUCAGAAAACUGUGAAAGAUGCUAAAAGAAAACAUUUCUCGGAUAUUAUCCUGUCAAACUGUCACAAGCCUCGUGUCUUGUUUAACACCAUUGACACAGUUCUUAAUGCCCCGCAGACUAUCUGUAUGGAGGCGUCCCCUGCUGUGUGUGAAAACUUCCUUCACUUUUUUAUUGAUAAGGUCACUUCUAUUAGAGCUCUAAUCCCACCAUCUGCUUAUGACCCCUCAAUCUCUGUCCCCUGCUCAGCUGUAUUUGACCAGUUUAAGCCUGUGACUCUUUCCUUUUUACAGGAGAUUGUUGGUCAUUUGAAGCCCUCAGGUUCUCCAAACGAUGCUGUCCCUCCUCGACUAUUUAAAGAGGUUUUCCCCACUGUAGGACUAUCUGUUAUUGCAGUCAUUAAUAGCAGUCUGUCCUCAGGUGUUGUCCCUGAACAUUUUAAACAUGCAGUAGUACAACCCCUGAUUAAAAAACCUGCUCUUGACCCUGCAGUUCUUGGUAAUUUCAGGCCUAUCUCCAAACUGCCUUUUCUAUCAAAAAUCCUCGAGAAGAUCGUGCACAGUCAAUUAAUGGCCUUUCUGGAAGAACAUAAUUUUUUAGAAGUUUUCCAAUCCGGUUUUAAAUCCCUGCACAGCACCGAAUCAGCCCUUUUAAGAGUUUUUAAUUAUAUUUUUUUAGCUACUGACCGUGGUGACUGUGUUACCCUUGUGCUUUUAGAUUUGACUGCUGCUUUUGACACAGUGGAUCAUGAAAUAUUGAUCUCUCGUUUGAAGCAGUGGGUGGGUAUCAGGGGCAUAGCACUGGAGUGGUUCAGGUCGUACCUGGCUGAUCGAACUUUCUGUGUCAGCCUUGGGGACUCUGUAUCCUCCUCUGCUCCUCUCUCGUGUGGGGUCCCACAGGGCUUAGUUCUUGGCCAUCUCCUCUUUUCUCUCUAUUUGCUCCCACUUGGUUCCAUACUUAGGAAACAUGAAAUUUCAUUUCACUUUUAUGCAGACGACAGUCAGAUUUAUGUGCCUCUUAAAAAGAAGGAUGAACACUCUGUCGGACUGUUACUUGAGUGUCUCAACGACAUAAAGGCCUGGAUGGCUCUGAACUUUUUUUAAUUUAAUGAUAAAAAGACGGAAGUAAUGGUUUUUGGUGGCACCACUGGGGCCCCCCCUGUAGAUCUGGGCUCCCUGGCCCAGUAUAUCAAACCAAGCAUUACAAACCUAGGGGUUAAAGUGGACCCUGAGCUUAAAUUUGACAGUCAGAUCAAGGCUGUUGUUAAAUCAAGCUUUUUCCAUUUGAGGCAGCUGGCCAAAAUAAAGCCAAUUCUGUCAAGGCAGCACUUUGAGACGGUAAUCCACGCCUUUGUUACCACUCGGCUGGAUUACUGCAAUGCGCUGUAUGUGGGGGUUGGUGGGUCCUCCAUCGCCCGUCUCCAGAUGGUACAGAAUGCAGCUGUACGUCUUUUAACUGGCACACGUAAACAUGAGCACAUUUCGCACAUUUUAGCCUCACUCCACUGGUUGCCUAUUCAGUUUAGGAUCCAUUUUUUAUUUGCUUUUAAAUCCCUAAAUGGUCUUGCCCCGCCCUACCUAUCUGAGCUUCUACACCCUUAUACACCCGCCCGCUCUCUCAGGUCAGAUAAUCAGCUGCUCCUGAGUGGGCCUAAAACUAAGCGGAAGCUCAGAGGGGACCGUGCCUUUGCUGUGUCGGCACCCAAAUUAUGGAACGAUCUGCCUCUCCACAUUAAACAGGCCUCUUCUCUGUCUGUUUUUAAAUCACUUCUUAAAACCCAU